AUGAAGAAAGCUGGAAAUCCUGUAACCAAUCGUGCCGCAAUAAAGAAAUUGCUUGACUCGCUCCCCAAGGAAUGGAGCUUGCAGUGUAUGAUGAUCAAGAAGGAAUUCCUCAACAAUCCUAAUCCUGUUACUCUGACAGAUCUGAUCAACACUCUAAGGGCAUUUGAAAUGGACGUAAACAAGAGAGAGAUGAACACUGCUGGAUAUCAACCUAAAGCAACUCAACCUUCAGCAGGACUGAAGAAUGUAGCGUUUCUCGCUUCAGGGGGCAUUACUCCACAAGCUUCUGAUCUUAUUUAUGGAAAUGCUUCCGCAAGCGCAUCUAAAGCCCCACAAGUUGUCGAGAAAACGAUCACUGUCGAUACUCAAGAACUGAAAGUUUCAACCGAGAAUGUGGCACUCUUCAACACUUUCCUAAGCAGCUAUGAAGCCCUUAUGUCUGGGGAAUUGAGGAAGGAGAUGUUUACUGCCGAAGACAUGUAUCAGGUUGAUCCAGAUGAUAUGGAAGAAAUGGAUCUGAAAUGGCAAAUGGCCAUGAUCACUCUGAGAUUGAAGAAGUUUCAAGACAAGACAGGCAAGCGAUUAGGUCUUGGAAAAGCUGGUUUUGACAAGUCUAAGCUGAGGUGCUACAACUGUAAGAAUCUUGGACACUUCAAGCGUGACUGUCCGAUGUUGAAAGAGGGAAACAGUGAAGCUACUCCAGCUGCUAAACAGAUCGCUGCCGAAGAGAACAAAAGCAACGCUUCUCCCAGCACGCCGAAGGCUUUGGUUGUUGAAGACUAUGACUGGAGCGAAGAGAUCACUGAAGCUAAGGAACAAGUCAACAAAGCACUGAUGGCCAAAAUCUCUAGUGAAUCAUCUGCAAAGCACUUUGAGAAGCAGACAACGGGAAUCCCAACUGGAAACAAUGAUGCUGACCAGGGAUUGAAAGGUAUUCUGCCUUCAGUGGAGUCUGGUGAUAAAGCUGAAAAAGAUGCUGAGAAAGGAAAGGAUAAAGUUCAAGCUACAGCCAUGAAAGCAGAUGCAUCAAAAGAGAAGGCUGACAAAGACUUGAUUCCAUUGAGUGUAAAGAAGAUGUGUGCGAUGAUGAUGGAGACUGCGGAGGGUCAAAAAUAGGAAUUGGUUAUUCAGGCGACAGUUAUUCCACCGUUAACUGGUUCGUCUGGAAUUGUUCUAAAAACAAUGUUAAGGAUGAAUGUAAUAGUUUAAGUAGGAUGGAUGACUGUAAUGGCCAAGUGCCUAAAACUAAAUCUGUGGAUGACUGUAAGGGCCAUGUGCCUACAUUUGAGACCCGUGAUCAUGAACCUUAUGUGUCUGAAUGUCAUGGUUUGAAUUAUGCGUGUCGUGAUGAUAAUGUUGCUUGUGAAUCUCCUGUAUU